GAUCGGUAGUGUUGACAGCCAUCGGUGGACAGAUGGUGCUAGGCUUUCUUCUGUUUACUGCAAAUCUUUUGAAGAAGUGCAUUUUGACAUGCGAUUCCUUAGGGUUUAGCAAAUAAAGAGGUAAGUUAGAUGUUCAUGUUGUGUUUGUAUGACUGUACAUUCAAAUCGAUGUCGCUGUUGUUGUGAUAGCUAGCUAGCUAAAAGAUAAGUAGCUAACGUUAGCCCUUGAUCAUGACUCAGUUCCAUUACGUCUUCUGUUCUGUACGGGGGAGGUUUGGUAAACUGAUGCUCUGUCUGAACAUUUACACGCAUCGCUUGCGAUACGGUUUUGGAAGCAUAAGGACCUUUUUCUUUCAUAUCACCAAUAAAUCAUUUUCUAAAAACAAAAGGUUAAAUUGAUACACACCUUUUUAUAGGGUUAGCGUUCCCACACGGCCAUAUCCAUGUUAUGGCGUGUGUUUACGGAAGACCGAGAGACCACCUGUGCUAAUUAGCUAUCUAGCAUGCUCUGAACACCUGUGUCUAACGGAAGAAGGCCGCCAGAAACUUCUCAUUGAAAAAUACGUCAGCUGCAACUGUGACAAAGCCGGUUAAAACAGUGUACGUGUUUCAUUUAGCAUUUGUGAAGUUAUUUUGAUGUGAUCUGAAAAUAAAGGGCUUUAUAUUUUUAGAACAGUAUCACUAUUGAGAAUAUAUUCACGUUUAGAUGGAGUAUUUGGCUGUUUUGGCUUCCAGAGUCAGUCUAACUUUAAAAAUAACAUAUUAGAUCCUUGGACCUUAAAUUAAGGAGUAACGGUAGGCCCCUCGAUCUGGUCAGCUGUUAUAGAUUUCAAGGCUGUCUUACUAGCGUUGUCCCAGGCCAGAUUUUAGUCCACUUCCAAAGCAAGUAUUUGUAUAUUGAAAUUUGACUGUCUCUUGCAGCUUAAAUUGCCAACACAUUUCACCCCGUAUCUGCAAUGUAUCAAGUGUCAUUUUGCAGUCUUUUUUUUACCUAUUCCUGGAAGUUCUCAACCUGUGCACUAUAGUACCCCUGGGGGUACAAUGACGAUUGCGUUGUCCGUGGAUCAGUUGUGGCGGUAUACAAAUUGUAGUGGGUUUAGGGUGUCGGUGGAGGUGAUAUGAUCCUUAACUAGCCUCUCAAAGCAUUUCAUGAUUUCUAUCCACGGUUUUUGGUUUGGAUAAGUUGUAAUAGUCACAGUGGAAACAACAUCCUCUAUGCACUUCCUGAUGAAUCCAGUCAGUGUAUAAGUUGAUUAUUUUCUCAGAGGCUGACCCGAACAUUUCCCCAGUCCGUGUGAUCAAAUCAAUCUUGAAGCAUAGAUUCCGAUUGGUCAGACCAACAUUGAACAGUCCUUACUACGGGUGCUUCCUGCUUAAGUUUCUGUCUAUAGGUGGGGAGGAGCAAAACAUAUAUAAUGCUUUGUCACACACCAGAUAGGUGCAGUGAAAUGUGUUGUUUUACAGGGUCAGCAAUAGUAGUAUGGUCGCCCUGGAGCAAAUUAGUGUUAAGUGCCUUGCUCAAGGGCACAUCGACAGAUUUUUCACCUUGUCGGCUCAGGUAUUCAAACCAGCGACCUUCCAGUUACUGGCCCAACGCUCUAACCACUAGGCUACCAGCCACCCUGAAUGGAGAAUGGAGGCGUGAUCUGGUUUGCCGACGGGAGGGCGGGGGAGGGCCUUGUAGCCAUCCUGGGAAGGUAGAGUAGCAAUGAUCCAGAUUCUUCAUUACGCGUGUUGAUAGAAUUUAGGUAGAGAUUUCCUUUAUUAAAGUCCCCAGCUACUAUAAAAGCGGCCUCAGGAUAUGUGUUUUCCAGUUUGCACAAAGUCCAGUGUAGUUCCUUGAGAGCCGUCAUGGUGUCGGCUUGGUGGGGAAUAUACAUGGCUGUGACGAUGACUGAAGAACAUUUUCUCGGGAGGUAAUGCAGUCGGCAUUUGAUGGUGAGGUAUUCCAGAUCUGGAGAACAAAAGGUAUUGUGUUCCUGUACAUUACCAUAAUCACACCAUCAUGAAACAUACCCCUCCACCUUUCUUUUUCCGGAGAGUUCUUUCUUCCUGUCCUCGUGAUGGACUGAGAACCCCGCUGGCUGAAUGGAAUGGCCGAACGAAUCAGAGGUAACUAAUUUCCGUUUUUUAGAACUACAAGCUGGUGAGCUCUAUUCCUAGACCGAGGUCAGACAUGCAUCCUACCGGCAUGCCUAUGCAGUAAUUGCUGGUAUUGUGGUUCACAUUCAGGACGCCAUGGUACUACAGAGCCUUUGAUGAGCACAAUUAAGAUUGUCAUCCGUGAAAUCUGAUUUGUGGGGACAUCAAACUGUAUACAGUUUUGGCUUGUUAUCCGUGGGAUACUAAAGUAGUGAUUACAACUCUAAAUUGGCCUAGUACAUUAAAUCAAUUGCAUUUAUUUUAUUCUGUUGGACAAGCACAUGAUCAUAUGAUGUAGUCCUUUUCAGUUGACCCUGGGGCUGACACAACGUUUCAAAUUUUGUCUAGUAAUGUAUGAUAGGCCUAUAUUGUUGUGGAAGUCUGUUGUGCUUGUGCUUCUCUUGGGUACACUACUUUCCAUGGAAACAACAAGAUGGAUGUUGAUGAUGUUGGCUGUAUUGGGAAAUUAAAACCAUAGUCCGACUCUGCAAACAUUGCUAAGGCUUUGGCAGAGGAAAUGAUAGGCCUAUUAAUUUCAAGUGCAAUUGAAUCAGUAACCUAUUGUUUGAAUUGCAAUAAUUGUUACUGCUCGUCCUGAAGGAGUCUAUUCAUCAGUAUGUUCAUACCCUUUACUCAGUACUUUGUUGAAGUACCUUUGGCAGUGAUUACAGCCUCAAGUCUUCUUGGGUAUGACACUACAAGCUUGGCACACAUGUAUUUGGGGAGUUUUUCCCAUUCUUCUCUGCAGAUCCUCUUAAGCUCUGUCAGGUUGGAUGGGGAGUGUUGCUGCACAGCUAUUUUCAAGUCUGUCCAGAGAUGUUCCAUUGGGUUCAAGUCCGGGCUCUGGCUGGGCCACUCAAGGACAUUGAGACUUGUCCCGAAACCACUCCUGCGUUGUCUUGGCUGUGUGCUUAGGGUCGUUGUCCUGUUGGAAGGUGAACCUUCGCCCCAGUCUGAGGUCUUGAGCGCUCUGGAGCAGGUUUUCAUCACGGAUCUCUCAGUACUUUGCUCCGUUCAUCUUUCCCUCGAUCCUGACUAGUCUCCCAGUCCCUGCCACUGAAAAACAUCCCCACAGCAUGAUGCUGCCACCACCAUGCUUCACCGUAGGGAUUGUGCCAGGUUUCCUCCAGAUGUGUGAUGCUUGGCAUUCAGGCCAAUCUUGGUUUCAUCAUACCAGAGAAUCUAGUUUCUCAUGGUCUGAGUGUCCUUUAGGUGCCUUUUGGCAAACUCCAAGCGGGCUGUCAUGUGCCUUUUACUGAAGAGUGGCUUCCAUAUGGCCACUCUACCAUAAAGGCCUGAUUGGUGGAGUGCUGCAGAGAUGAUUGUCCUGGAAGUUUUUCCCAUCUCCACAGAGGAACACUUGAGCUCUGUCAGUGACCAUCAGGUUCUUGGUCACCUCCCUGACCAAGGCCCUUCCCCGAUUGCUCAGUUUGGCAGGGUGGCCAUUUCUAGGAAGAGUCUUGGUUGUUCCAAACUUCUUCCAUUUAAGAAUGAUGGAGGCCACUGUGUUCUUGGGGACCUUCAAUGCUGCAGACAUUUUUUGGUACCCUUCCCCAGAUCUGUGCCUCGACACAAUUCCUUCGACCUCAUGGCUUGGUUUUUGCUCUGACAUGCACUGUCAACUGUGGGACCUUAUAUAGACAGGUGUGUGCCUUUCCAAAUCAUGUCUAAUCAAUUGAAUUUACCACAGCUGGAUGCCAAUCAAGUUGUAGAAAAUUCUUUUGUUUCUUUUUGACAUUUUAAUUGAAAACAAUCACAGUAAGGUACUUAAUUGUUACCCAGAAAUGAUUUGAUAUUGAGAUAAAAACGGUUGCAUUGGACCUUUUUAACUUGACUCAAGUGAAAUCAGAAUCGGAGAUGUAGCCAAGAGCAUGACAAGGCAAGCAACCGAUGGGAAUGUUUGUGGAAUCUGGCUCUUUUUUGUAAUGAUAACAGGUGAUUUUAUGAAUUGGUUCACAAAGUGCACCACUGAUUCACUCAGUCUGGUUUUCACUGAUCUGCCAGUAAGACGCCACACAAAAUAGACAUAUUACCUACAAUGUAUUGUUUAUGUACAGCCAUGGCCAAGUGGCCUCUACAAAUGAUCAGCGCUAAUAGCUGGGGCACAGCAGACCAACCUGACAACAGGAUAAUAUCGUCCUCUCCCCCGAAAAGAAAAGUCAGAAGACACACCUUGCCAUUAAAGGCCCGGUGCAGUCAAAAUGUGUUUUUCCUGUGUUUUUAUAUAUAUAUAUAUAUAUAUAUUUCCACACUGAGGUUGGAAUAAUACUGUGAAAUUGUGAAGAUGAUGAUGCCCUUUUAGUGUUUUGAGCUUCUUUGAAAAUAGAGAUUUCAGGCUGACUUUUUUGGUCGAAUGGAGUUUAGUGAAUAGACAACCUCUGCCAAUUAACGACUAGUUUUCCCCUCCCCACUCCAAGACAGUCCUAGCAAAAUUCUUGCUUGAGAAAGUGCUCUUGUUAAGAAGCUGGAGAUGCAUUUAUUUGGUGAACCAGCUUUGGUAAUUUCAUUUCCGAGAACGUUAACGAGCUCAGCUGAGAGGCAGCUGGCUAGGGAGAGGGAGGAGAAGAGCAACCCUGGAGACAGGAACAAUAUUCUUGUUGUUCCCGCUGUGGUUUCAGAUGCUUCAGGAAAGAGGACAGCCUCUGGACCUAGCUGCUUCUGUCUGUUUUUUUGUCUUCUUUGGCAAACCCCUAACCUCGUCCCCAGGCUAAUUGCUACCGCAAAUAGCCAACAUAUACUGCAUGUUCGACAGAAAGAUUUGGCUGGUGGACCCCUAGCCAACCAGCCACUUAGCUCUUACCUAGGCUACUUCAGGUCAACAACUCUAACAUGUUCUCUGUUCAGCCUUGGCUCAGUCUUUGUCCUUAUGGAGCAACAUGAACACAUUUUUUGUAAUUGUCAGUCAGCCAAAGUCCCCUAAUAUGGAAUCCUUUUCUCCUACCGCAUAUUUACUGUGAACUGUCCUUCUCUUUUCCUCCCCCCAGGAGCCAGAGAUCCAGUUCCUUAUGGCUGUGUAUGAUGAGAACCUCCUGAAGAACCCUUUUUACCUGGCGCUGGAGAAGCAGAGACCCGACCUGUGCAGCAGAGUGGCAGAGCUACAUGGAAUUGUGAGAGACUGACAGCUGUGGCUGUGGGGCCAUACUAUAGUGCUCAGCCCUUUUAUAUUGUGUAUGGGACCAAGCUCAGCAGAACAAAGUAGCGUGUUCAGGCAUGCAUGAUCAAGUACAGUACAGAUUGCAGCUAUAAUGCACAACUCCCCUCUCUUAAAUCCUGCAUUUUCAGACAGUGACAUUUCUUCUUUGUGAGCUGUGUGUAGAUUUGGACCAGAAUCAAACAAUGUAAGGGUUGAACAUAUGGGCCUAGGCUAGCUCGACUGUCCUGAAAAUGUAGGACUAUUCAAUACCACACUGGCUGAAGCUUCUCUUUAUGGCAAGUCAGCUGCUUGGUGGAGAUGUCGGGCACGAGGGCAUCCAUUUAUGCACAGAUAAGCAGAACACAGAGGAAAAGGGAAAUAGUCCAUUUUCCAUAGAUGAGGGAGGCCAUGUUAUUGCUGUGGGAAAUGGUUUUGUCUUGCCAUUAGUAGAAAAUGGCCACUUAGAAGGUCCUCUGCCCACUUGGUGGUUAGCAAAGGAAUAUCAAGAGAAUAAUAUCUGGGCGUUACUAUGACUCACCACUGUUACUGUUCUGGGAAGUUUUCAAAGGAGAGCUCUGUCUAGUAUCCUUCUCCUACAGUGAACUAGAAAGAGCAUGCAGACACUACUGUCAUGGGUGUUGCAUCGCGUGUGGGUGGUAGGCCAUAUCAGAUAAAUAAAUGCUACUGGCUAAAGGUGAAGUAGCAUUUUUUACAGUCGGAUCAGGUGCUUUUUAUUGUGGGAACUUUACCAAUAAAACCUUUUGAUAAAUCUAUUCUCAGUCAGUCACGAGAAGCAUGGUUCUUUACCCUUGUUGUUGAUGAUGGUGUGGUUGUGCCCCAGGUUUUGGUGCCGUGCCGUGGAAGCCUAACCCUUAGUGCAUACACAGAAGCCCAGUUUGAAACCUAUGUUUUACACCCAUCUGGAGAAGGGUAUCAGACUGUAGAUGGAAAGGUAAGAUCCAUCUGCCAACUACACAAAAUAUCAUGCAGUUUCAUUUUCUCUAUACCACAGGAGGUUGGUGGCACCUUAAUUGGGGAGGACGGGCUUGUGGUAAUGGCUGGAGUGGAAUGGUGUCAAAUACACAUGGGUUCCGUGUGUUUGAUUACAUUCCAUUAGCUCUGUGCCAUCCUCCCUUCAGCAGCCUCCACUGCUAUAUACCCAUUUAGUUCAUUGUAAACAGCUGCUAUAAAAUAGAACGUUCUUGGUUAAGACAUCUUGGUCAACGAUGCUACCCAUAUGCUUUGUCCUGUCUGAUAGGAGCUGGCCAUCCAGGACAGCCUGGUGAGACUGGGCUUAGGGUUCCAGGCCCCAGCCAAUGUGCCCAUCCUGUUUGAGGAGACCUUCUACAAUGAGAAGGAGCAGAGCUACAGUAUCCUCUGUAUCGCCAGGCCCAUCGACACCGAUCAAAGCCCAGGUAGGUACUGCUCUCCUCCAAAGCGACAAAAGUUGAUUAAGUGAGUGUAUGAUUUAGUCCAUGUUGAACCUGAUCCAAACGCCUACAGCCACCAUCUCACUCUCACCUUUCUUCUUUCCCUCUUUUCUCUCUCUCCCUCUCUCUCUCAGUGGAGGUGACCCCAAUCCCGGCCCUGUACUGUCUGAAGAAUGUGGAGGAUGUCAGGGAGUUCCUGGGCCGCCAUGUUGAGAAACUGGACAAGUUCAUCAGCAGCUUCUGCAACUCAUUUAAGGAGCAGGAAAAGAAGGGACUGCGACACCACAUCGUAAGUACUGACCCUAAACAACACACCUAUCUGACGCUAGACUGAAGCCAUGACACAUACACUGGGUGUACAAAACAUUAAGAACACCUGCGUUUUCCAUGACAUAGACUGACCAGAUGAAAGCUAUGAUCCUUAUUGAUGUCACUUGUCAAAUCCACUGCAAUCUGUGUAGGGGAAGAAGGAUUUUUAAGCCUUGAGACAUGGAUUGUGUAUGUGUGCCAUUGAGGGUGAAUGGGCAAGACAAAAUAUUUAAGUGCCUUUUGAAUAGGGUUUUGGUAUGGUAGUAAGUGCCAGGCGCACCAGUUUGAGUGUGUCAAGAACUGCAACGCUGCUACGUUUUUCACGCUCAACAGUUUCCCGUUUGUAUCAAGAAUGGUCAACCACCCAAAGGACAUCCAGCCAACUUGACACAACUGUGGGAAGCAGUGGAGUCAACAUGGGACAGCAUUCCUGUGGAACGCUUUUGACAACUUGUAGAGUCCAUGCCCUGACGAAUUGAGGCUAUUCUGAGGGCAAAAGGGGGUACACUUCAAUAUUAGGAAGGUGUUCCUAAUGUUUUGUAUACUCAGUGUACAGUAACAUGACACAUACUAAUGUAUAAUAUGAGAGAUGGCUAUACUAUAGUAAUGUACACACUCAUGUAUUGUAUACUAUAGAUAUAUAGUAAGAUGUGACAUAUAUAAUUUGACUUCUGCUGUGACGCACUGCUUUAACCUGUAACUGUGCUCUCCCCUUAGGACUCAGUGAAUGCCCUUUAUACUAAAUGUCUUCAGUGCCUGUUGAGAGACUCACACCUGGUGAGUAGCAUGUUUUGCUACGAAAAACAUUUUCAAAAUAUUUUCUCCUGUUUCAUGCCUAUUGGACACAACCCUGAGAAAUAAAGCUGAUUUGUUAAACCUCCUGUCUUUCAGAAAGUGCUGGCCAAACAGGAGCUCCAGAUGACGCUCCUCAAACAGGCGGUUGAGGUAGGAGUUCUAUCCUAGUCGUCAUCACUCACACUUACUUUAAAAUAUGACGUCCUCUACUUCUUUGGGUGCUUUUUUGAGCUUUUCUUCAUUCUGGUCCUCAGUGAAGUGCUGUGAUGCUAUAAUGACGUCAUGUAUUUUUAGAUGUUUUCUCUCUUUUCUCAUUUAGAUGUAUAUACAUCAUGGUAUCCAUGAUUUAAUCUUUAAUUUUGUGGGGACUCUUGAAGCCAGCCAGGUAUGUAAAUACAUACUAUACAGUAUUUGAUAAUGCUGUCAGUCUUUUAUAGCCCCAGAAUCCCCAUGCAGUAAAGGUUAAUAUCUAUGUUUAUUAUCACUGUUCCAACAGGAUUCUGCCUUCAACAAAACCACCAGAGGUCUGCAGGACCUGCAGCAGAAAGACUUGGGGGUCAAAUCUGAAUUUAGGUUGGGUUUUUUCACGUGGUCUCUUUUUAAUUUCUGCUUUUAUGAUUACAACUCAAUAACAACAUGUGAUGCACAUCACAUUAUAUUUCUCUGCUGGCCAAUAAACAAGUCUGCAUACAACACAAAUGAAAAUGACCAGACACCAUAUAGAUCUCCAUAAUGUCAAGCAGGUUUAUAGCAGUAGAUCCCCAUCAGGUCAUUUGACCACUAUAACCUGUCCUAUUGUGUCUAUAGACUAUUGGACUAUGUUUGUGUUUCCACUUGCUUACAGUAUCAAUAUUAACUUAUCCUGUUGUACUUCUGUGUUAUGUCUCCUCCAACAGUAUAAAUAUCCCCCGGGCCAAGAGAGAGCUGAGCCAAUUGAACCGCUGCACCUCUCCUCUACACAAACUGCUCUGCCUCAGGAAGGUGUCUCUCACCAUCAUGCAGUCCCCCAGCCACUCGGGUGUGUGUCUGUCUGUAUUUCUGUCUGUAUGUCUCCAUCCAUCCCUAUGUCAUUUCAUGUCACAUCAGUAGAAGUUUACACAGUGUUGUUGUCACAAUCAACCCAUUGACACUGGAAUGCAAAUGUGCCUUUUAAAAUGGAAUCCGGCCCAUUUGUUAUGGUACCAUGCAAAUCUGUAUCGUCAUGCUUCGGCCUCUGAGACAAAUAUAAGUUUAGCUUUCAUCCAGAAAUACAUGAAAUGCAUAAAGUUAAAAAGCUUAUUCACCUAUGUUUUAUGAAGACAUGACAUUACUAUAAUACAGCCUACAUGGCUUUUAAGGCUUGUCAUUGUAACCCAGAUCAGGAUUUGUUGUCUUUUCUGCUCACGCCCUCCCUGGUAAUAUAAUAACUCAGUGCAUACACACGGUCCACAGAACAAAAUCCUAACUGUAGGGGCCUAAUGUCUAUGUCCAGUUUGUUUUGGAAAUCCAACCUCCUUGGCCACAUAACAACCCGGCCCUGUCUCUGUGGAGUGCUGCGAUCCGCUCCUAAUUUAUGUUGGUCAAACAGCCAAUUUACCAAUUUAAAGCAUAAAUAACGAGGACAGAGGCAGUGUCUCAGAGGUUACACUGACUGUGUGGACACUCGCCUGUUUGUAGGAUGAAGCUGUUUUAUGUAUUCAUUUUGAAUAGCCAUUUCUCCCUGCUGUAUGCUCUAGUUGUAAACAUCUCACAGUCACUGAAACUUACAGAAGCAACCACAGUAAUUUAAUAUAUUCUUUCAUUUCCCUUUUCUCCACAUGCAGUGAGCAUAGAGGCUGUGUGUGCAGAUGACCUUCUGUCUGUAAUUCUGUACUUACUGGUGAAGACGGAAAUCCCCAAUUGGUGAGUAUGGAGUUCUAACCUAGUAAUACCGCUGACUAUUUAAAUGGCCUGAUGACUACUUCAACUAAACUUAUUGAAUUAAUAAGUGAAUAACUUGGACCUAGUAAUAAAACAAAGUCAUUAAUUAAUCAAUUAACUGGUAAUUAACAGCCAUGUUAAACUAACGAGCAUGCUCUUCCAGGAUGGCCAACCUGAGCUACAUCAAGAACUUCCAUUUCUGUAAUUCCACCAAGGACGAGCUGAGCUACUGCCUGACGUCGUUCGAGGCCGCCGUGGAGUUCAUCAGCCAGGGAAACCUGGGCCUGGGCCAGGGACGCAUGGUGAGCACAGAACAAUGCAGGACAGGAGUACACAGGGCGGCUCCUUUCUUACCUUACACUGUACAUUAGGACGGCUCCUUUCUUACCUUACACUGUACAUUAGUCCUGGCCUGCUUGGCUCAAUAUUGUGAAAAGGGCUUUAUACACCCCAAGCACAUACAUUGUUGGAGCUGAUAUCCUAUCCAAGCACAUUGUUGACUUAGAUACACCACCUUAUCACUGCAAUACCUGUGAUAACAGGCCACUAUAAUGACCGAAAAACACUCCCCUGUGCAGAGUGAGUGACCAUGUCUGUGUGUGUGGUUUGCAGGGCUCAGGGGACCUGAACGACAAGGUGCAUUUCACCCAGAAGAUAAACCUGCUCUCCCAGAACUCUGCUACCCCCAUAGACUAUCUGUUUGAGGUGAGAACCCUGUCCCCUGACCUUUUAGAAGGGAAAAAGCUAUACUCUGCAGUCUGUAUAACGUUAUGCUUCAUUGGUCAGAUGGACACCUAAUUUCAUUCAGCAUUACAUUUGAAUAUGAAAACAAUGUUUGAUCAACUUUUUCUUUCACUUAAAAAAAAAAAAUCAAUUGUGUGUGUUGAUCCUUUUAUUUCUGUUUACUUUGUGUGUGUGGAUGGGUGGAUCCUGCAGCACAUAGCCAAUGGUAACGAGGUAGAGGUCCAGCGUGUGUUGAGUGAGAACCAGAGUGACGAGGACGGGGUUAAUAUGUGCCACCCCCUCUGCUCCUGUGACCACUGUGAGCUCCGUCUCUCUGGGUGAGUACUGCGCGCGCACACAACUCAUCUAUCAUAGGAUGGAAUAUAAUAGAAAAACCUGAGUUUCUCAGUAGGAGAAGUUCUUUUCUGAUGUUUCUUUCACUACCUCUAGUGAAUGGCUUAAAAUCAUAUAGGAACAGAAAAUGUGAUUAUUCUUCAACUCUGUCUGCUUACAGGAGACUGAAUGAUCCCUCCAUCAUAACGCCCUUCUCUCGAGACGACAGGGGAUAUACACCACUUCACGUCGCUGCUAUCUGUGGUAAGAGAUAACAACACGUUCCAGAGGUACCUAAAGUUGUCCAGGAAGCUGCCUCCAGAUCACACAACAGGGGAUCCCUAGUCCGCCACAUUCUUACUGUUCAUCCCUUUCCCAUCUGUCUCCCUCAUUCCCCACUGUCUAAAUAAAAUAAAAUGCCUGUCAUUGCCGUGGCAGGUCAGUCCCUGUUGAUCGACCUGCUGGUGUCUAAGGGAGCUCUGGUGAAUGCCACAGACUACCAUGCCCUCUCACCCCUACACCUCUCCUGCCAGAAGGGCUACCAGGGAGUCACGGUGAGCCAGGACACUAGCAGGACAGCUAUAGCCUGGUCCCAGAUCGGUUUGUGCUGCCUUGCCUACUCCUAAACAGAUCUGGAACCAGGCUAGGAGAGCUACACUAAAGAUACAAAAAUGAUACUUCUGUUACACAAACUGUAUAUUCUCUCUGACAUAUGUAUAUAUUUCUCCCAUUCUGUCUGUCUGUCUGUCUCUGUCUGUACUCUAGCUGCUGCUCUUGCACUAUAAGGCUUACUCCGGUGCCCAGGACAACAAUGGCAACACUCCUCUGCACCUGGCCUGUAUGUACGGACACGAGGAUGUACGUCAGUCUGGGGAUUCAAUCUCAAUUUAAAAUCUGUAUUUAUAGGCACAGUUAAUUCCAACAGCCUUGACUCUGCCACUUUGUUUGGUAACCAGAGUUAUCUAUCUGAAGAAAUGUAUCCACUCACAGUACAUGGGAUAGCAGUUACAGUAUCUAUAUUGAUACUGCUGUAAAUAAGUAUAUGGAGGAUGACAGAUGAUGACAGCCUGCACUGACAGUGUCUCUAUGGUUGUUCAGAGGAGAUUGUUCUGCGUCUGACAGUGUUAUCCCGUCCGUGUCUCAGUGUGUUAAAGCCCUGGUGUACUAUGACCUGCACACGUGCCGUCUGAACAUCCAGAAUGACAAGGGCGACACCCCCAUGCACAUCGCGGCCCGGUGGGGCUACGAGGGCAUCAUUGAGGUGCUGCUGGAGAACGGAGCCAGCACCACCAUCUACAACAAGGUCAAAGACUCACCACUGCAAUGUGCCCUCAACUCUAAGGUGAGGAGUGAAGACCCCUGGUCACAGCUGUCCCUGCCUCUGCCUGAAACACACUUCUCAAAUGGGUACUUUAACACUAGGAGUGUAGAGCAUCAUAUUGACAAAAAAAUAAUGUACUUUUUAUAUGACUCUGCCAUUUUUAAAGUCAGGACUAACCCCCCCCCGUCCUUGACUUUUCCUGAAUAAGUCUAUAUAACACACUGUUGUUGUUAGAAUCUUAAUAUCACAAAUAGAAUUUGUAUUCUAAGCAGGUUUAAGAGGACGUUAUUUUUUUCCCCGCUGCCCAUCAUUCACCACCAUGUCAUUCACUGGCAGUCAUCCACCGCAGCUGAUAAUGGCCCAGUUAAACUACACCUAAACUACACUACAUGACCAAAAGUAUGUGGACACCUGCUCGUCGAACAUCUCAUUCCUAAAUCAUGGGCAUUAAUAUGGAGUUGGUCCCCCCUUUGCUGCUAUAACCGCCUCCACUGUUCUGGGAAGGCUUUCCACUAGAUGUUGGAACAUUGCUGCGGGGACUUGCUUCCAUUCUGCCACGAGCAUUCGUGAGGUCGGGCACUGAUGUUGGGCGAUUAGGCCUGGCUCGCAGUCCGCGUUCCAAUUCAUCCCAAAGGUGUUCGAUAGGGUUGAGGUCAGGGCUUUGUGCUGGCCAGUCAAGUUGUUUCACACCGAUCUCGACAAACCAUUUUUGUAUGGACCUCGCUUUGUGCACGGGGGCAUUGUCAUGCUGAAACAGGAAAGGGCCUUCCCCAAACUGUUGUCACAAAGUUGGAAGCACAGAAUCGUCUAGAAUGUCAUUGUAUGCUGUAGCAUUGACUUCCCUUUACUGGAACUAAGGGGCCUAGCCCGAACCAUGAACAACAAUGAGUGUUGCAAAAAGAUUUGUGAGCGUUGCAACCGAGGACAGGCGAGUUUUACGCGCUUCAGCACUCGGUGGUACCGUGCUGUGAGCUUGUGUGGCUUACCACUUCUACUGCCAAUGUUUGUCUAUGGAGAUUGCAUGGCUGUGUGCUCGAUUUUAUACACCUGUCCGCAAUGGGUGUGGCUGAAAUAGCCGAAUCCACUAAAUUGAAGGGGUGUCCACAUACCUAUUUGUGUAUCUAAACUAAUUUCACACUUAUAAUAGAGUUUAGCCUAAAGACCAGAUUAAAUUGACAAUGGUCUGAAGGGUGAGAAUAUUAUCAGUUGUUAAAUUGUAUAUGAAGAAUCUGAUGAACAGUGCAGCUUGGAAUUGACAGUCAGGGAAACGAAACGGUGUGCCAAAAAGUGACUUUUCAAAUUAUCCUACAGUCACAAGCAGGUAAGAUGUUUUGAUGUCUAUGUAGUAUCAGAAAGUGCAGAUUCUGCAGUUUCCAAAUCACCGAUCAUUGCCAAACAACUCUUAAAAACGACCCUCUAUUUCAAAAUAUGACUUUAACCGUAAUAACCGCGAUUACAUGCGUGCACUCGUAAAAUAUGCCAUUUGGUUCUUUUGUCAUUAAUUUUCUUAAAUUCGUAAGGUUCCUUAAGACCUUUAACAAAUUAAUAACGAAUGGUCUUUGUGAUAGUGUUUAGUUAAUGGAUUUUAACACUUGACUUGUGGUGUUUUACUGGUUUUUCAUUUGUACAUAAGCAUACAGUUGCAUAAACUAAUAAAUGCUAUUGUGGUCUUUUAGAAUACGGAAGAUGAUGUAGUUCAAUGUCACCUUCAUACACACAACCAAAUGAUUUUUGCGAUAGCAUAUAUUACAUGUCUUUUUUAGACUGUUAGAAUGUUGACGUCCAAAAGACUUGUCAUUGGCUUGAAGGGGGGGUCCCUCGAGGCCAAGCUUUCCUAGUGUUAUAGAAAAGGCUUGGCAUACUAAACUUAUUUUAGUUAAGUAGAUAUAUUUGGAGAAAGUAUUAACAGAAGGGUGGGAAUUGUUCUGAGGAAGAAAAUACUUCUGGUUCGCCUAGCAACAGGAUUGGCUUGAUAUAUUUGCCUUGUCAUUCAGUAUUAUUAUGAUUUUGAACAAUUUAUGAAAUGUGAUAAGGUUGUAUUAGAAAUAGAGCCUACUUUUAUGCUCAAGUAAUUAUUUAAUGCCUGCUUUCUUUUUAAUCUCUUAAGCUGAUGUGUGAACCUGAAAGUAUGUGAAAGUAGUAGCCCAGUUGUUAGUGACUUCAUCCUCUUAUAAAAUCUGUUGUCCCGUAUAGCUUAACGCAGUGUGUAUGUAGGCUACAUACCAGAAUGGGUAUCAAUGAGGUAUUAUUGGAACAACCGUGUACAUGCCAGAAUUUGUAAAUGAAUAGUGCUUGUGUUGCAAGGUGUGUGUGUGUGUGUGUGUGUGUUUUCAUAUGUGCAAAUGAACAAGUAUGUGCACAUGCAUAAGAACGUGUGUAACUGAUGUGUGUGUGUGUGUACUUGUGUCUCUGCGUCUUGCAGAUUCUGACGCUAUUGGAGUUACCGCACAACGGCUCUCAUAGAAGAGAGAACAAUGAUGUAAGUCAGAUUUCAUCACAUAGGAAGUGACAGAGAAGAGUUGCAACUACAGUAUUUCAUUUGAUAAAAUGAUGUCUCUACGCCAGGCAGCCAGCCUGUUAAAACACCACUAACCAACAUACAGUAGUUCUACUCUACUCUUCACUUGCUCUGCUAGAAGCAGCCUGUACUGCAGGGGUGUCAAACUCAUUCCACGGUUUUUGGUUAAGCCCUAGACAACCAGGUGAAGGGAGUUCCUUACUAAUCAGUGACCUUAAUUCAUCAAUCAAGGACAAUGGAAGAGCGAAAAACCGCAGACACUCGGCCCUCAGUGGAAUGAGUUUGAAACGUGCUGUACUGUGUGUGCGUGGUCAGCUGAGUGACGGUGCUCUCUCUCGCCCCCUGCUGUCUGUCCCAGUCCCCAAACCGCUCCGCCCAGGCCUCUGACUGCAGCAGCCGCUGCUCCUCUGUCUCCAGCACCACCUCCCAGAGCUCCGAGGCCAGGACCGACUGCGACAGGGUCCGACACAAAGAGGUUAGCAGGGAGCACUGAGGACCCCUGACCUGGGCAGGGCUGACCCUGGCAAUGCCUGAGAGGAGUAGUAUUGUCUUAAUUAAAGGGGAAAUGGAAUAGGGAUGCAAUAGAAAUUAGAUGCAGUAUUUUUCUAUAUAUUGAGGGAUCCUAAUAUUUGAAGCUUUCACCCAAUGUUUUUUUGUGGGAUGACUAUCUGUAAUUUGUAAUCCAGUUUGUAAAGACCUGGCUGGUGUUCUAAUAGGUAGCCUCACUCUCUUUUUCUCUCUCGACUGACAGGUGGAGAAGUUGCUGCGUGCGGUGGCGGACGGAGACAUAGAGAUGGUGCGGUACCUGUUGGAGUGGUUGGACGAGGAACCAGAGGAGGAGCAUGCAGGGCUGCCAUCCUGGACAGAACUGUGCCACCCACUGUGCCAGUGUCCACACUGUGGACCAACACAGAAGGUUUGAGAGCAACCCUGGCCUUUCAUUCCUACUGCGGGGUUCCAUACCACAACUACUUGGCCAAACCCCUUUCUGAUAUAUAGACGAUGUCAGUGAGCAAACAGCAAACUUGACACAUGGCCAAAAGCUGGAAGCACUGAAGCUAUGUUGAAUGGAAAGUUAGCUGUUGAAAGGAGAUGAUUUAUGAUGUUCCUGCAGUGCUGCCCAGAUAACUUGAUGCCUUUCUGUGUUUUCCUCUGUGUGUGUGUGUGUGUGUGUGUGUGUGUGUGUGUGUGUGUUUGCCUCCAGAAGUUGGUGUGCCUGCAGGCCAGUGGUCUAGGUGUGAACAGCAGUAGUGUGGAUGGCUUCACUCCCCUCCAUGUCGCAGCGCUCCAUGGUCACACGGCCCUGGUGUCCCUGUUCAGCCGCCACGGGGCCAACGUCGACGCACGCAACAGCCAGAGCGCCACGCCACUGCACCUGGCCAGCCAGAACAACCACAUACAGGUGAGCACACAACACUGUACUUCAGCUGUGUUUAUUUGAGCUUGCCUGGCACAUCUGAACAAAUGGAAUAGUCUCAAAGGUUAAAACCCCACCCAUCUCAUUAAUCAUGUUCAGGUAGUGACAUCACUGCUGGAGUGCAACGCCAAGCUGAAUAAGAAGGAUCACUAUGGCAACACCCCUCUGAUCCACGCCUGCCUCAAAGGUCACCAGGACACAGCCACCAUUCUGCUGCAGGUGAACACACACAUACACACACACACCAUUCUGCUGCAGGUGAACACACACAUACACACACCACCAUUCUGCUGCAGGUGAACACACACACACACACACACACACACCAUUCUGCUGCAGGUGAACACACACACCACACACACACACACCAUUCUGCUGCAGGUGAACACCACAUACACACCCUGCUGCAGGUGAACACACCACAACACACACCAUUCUGCUGCAGGUGACACACACACACCAUUCUGCUGCAGUGAACACACACACACACACACCAUUCUGCUGCAGGUGAACACACACACACACACCACCAUUCUGCUGCAGGUGAACACACACACACACCAUUCUGCUGCAGGUGACACACACACACCACACACACACACACACAACACAUUCUGCUGCAGGUGAACACGCACACAAACACCAUCUGCUGCAGGUGAACACACACACACAUCACAAAACACCAUCCUGCUGCAGGUGAACACACAACACCAUUCUGCUGCAGGUGAACACACACACCAUUCUGCUGCAGGUGAACACACACACACAACACACCACCUUCUGCUGCAGGUGAACACACACACACACACACCACACCAUUCUGCUGCAGGUGAACACACACACACACAACACACACACACCACAUUCUGCUGCAGGUGAACCACACACAUCACACCACACACCAUCCUGCUGCAGGUGAACACACACACACAACCACGCAGUGACACAACACCACCUCCACACACACACACACACACCAUUCUGCUGCAGGUGAACAGCACACACACACCCAUCUGCAUGACACACACCCACCAUCUGCUGCAGGUGAACACACACACACACACCAACACACACAAACCCAUCCUGCUGCAGGUGAACACACACACACACACCAUUCUGCUGCAGGUGAACACAACACACACCAGCACACACACACAAAACCGUUCUGCUGCAGGUGAACACACACAACGACACACACACAACACACCAUCUGCAGUGCACACACCACUCUGCUGGCAGGUGAACACAUACACAACACACACCUUCAUACACACACACCAUUCUGCUGCAGGUAACAAACACACACACAACACCAUUCUGCUGCAGGUGAACACACAACAAACACCAUCCUGCUGCAGGUGAACACACACACACACACACCAUCCUGCUGCAGGUGAACACACACACACACACACACACACACACCAUUCUGCUGCAGGUGAACAUCAACCACACAGUACACACCAACACACACACACAUCUGUGCAGGUGAAACACACAAACCACCAUUCUGCUGCAGGUGAACACACACACACACACACACACACCAUUCUGCUGCAGGUGAACACACACAACACACCACAAACACACACACAUCCUGCUGCAGGUGAACACACACACACACACACACCAUUCGCGCAGGUGAACACACACACACACACACACCACCAUCCUGCUGCAGGUGAACACACAACACACACACACCACACCACACCAUCCCUGCUGCAGGUGAACACACAACACACAUUGCGCAGGAACAAAACACACACACCACCAUCCUGCUGCAGGUGAACACCACACACACAUCUCGCAGGUACACACACACACACACACACCAUCCUGCUGCAGGUGAACACACACACACACACACACACACACACACCAUCCUGCUGCAGGUGAACACAACACAACCACACACACACACCAUCCUGCUGCAGGUGAACACAUACACACACCACACACACCAUUCUGCUGCAGGUGAACACACACACACACACACACCACACACCAUCCUGCUGCAGGUGAACACAUACACACACACACCGUUCUGCUGCAGGUGAACACACACACACACACACACACACACACCAUCCUGCUGCAGGUGAACACAUACACACACACACACCUUCUGCUGCAGGUGAACACACACCACACCAACACACACUCUGUGCGGUGAACACACACACACCAUUCUGCUGCAGGUGAACCACACCACACACACACACACACACACCAUUCUGCUGCAGGUGAACACACCCACACACCACACCAACACACACACCACAACACACACACAACACACACACCCUUCUGCUGCAGUGAAACACACACACACACACCGUCCUGCUGCAGGUGAACACGCACACACACACCAUUCUGCUGCAGGUGAACACACACACACACCAUUCUUCUGCAGGUGAACACACACACACCAUUCUGCUGCAGGUGAACACACACACACACACACACACACCAUUCUGCUGCAGGUGAACACACACACACACACACACACACACCAUUCUGCUGCAGGUGAACACACACACACACACACACACACCAUUCUGCUGCAGGUGAACACACACACACACACACACACACACAAUUCUGCUGCAGGUAGAACACCUUGACAAUGCUGCCCCCUGGUGGUCACACAGGCCAACUGUUACUCUUACUAAUGUGUGUUCAAUGGGCCUCCAGAGCAACGCGUCAGUGAACCUGUCCAACAACCAGGGUAACACGGCCCUGCAUGAGGCUGUGAGAGGAGGUCACCUGGCCCUGGUGGAGCUGCUACUGCAGGCUGGAGCCCUGGUCCACAUGAGGAACAAGAGACAGAGGACAGCACUGGACUGUGGCACGGAGACUGGGGGCAAGGUGAGAAUAGAACAGCCACAGCAUUGGUCUAAAUACACACUGUAUGUUCAGUAACAAAUCUAACCCAAUGACCCCGAAUACACUACAGACACACUACAGACAGACAUACAGACACACAUACUACAGACACACACACAGAGCUCAGGAAUAGAGUUGGGAAAUACUGAAUAAUUGAUUAAAUGUAUUUACAGAACACUGAGAUCCUGAGGACUCUUCAGAAGGCGUCUGGACUCUCCCCUGAUGCUGAACCAAUCAAACUGCUCUCUGUGCCCAAGGGGGCUCUGGGUAAGCGAGCAAGUAUCAAAUCAAAUUUUAUUUGACAAAUGCGCCGAAUACAACAGGUGUAGACCUUACAGUGAAAUGCUUACUUACAAGCCCUUAACCAACAAUACAGUAAAAAAAAAAUGUAAAAAAAGGGUUAAGUAAACAUUUUUUACUUAAAGAGCAGCAGUAAAGUAACAGUAGCGAGGCUAUAUACAGGGGGUACCGGUACAGAGUCAAUGUGCAGGGGCACAGGUUAGUCGAGGCAAUUGAGGUAAUAUGUACAUGUAGGUAGAGUUAUUAAAGUGACUAUGCAUAGAUAAUAAACAGAGAGUAGCAGCAUUUGAUUAGCUGUUCAGGAGUCUUAUGGCUUGGGGGUAGAAGCUGUUAAGAAGCCUUUUGGACCUAGACUUGGCGCUCCGGUACCGCUUGCCGUGCGGUAGCAGAGAGAACAGUCUAUGACUAGGGUGGCUGGAGUCUUUGACAAUUUUUAGGGCCUUCCUCUGACACCGCCUGGUAUAGAGGUCCUGGAUGGCAGGAAGCUUGGCCCCAGUGAUGUACUGGUCCGUACUCACUACCUUCUGUAGUGCCUUGCAGACGUAGGCUGAGCAGUUGCCAUACCAGGCGGUGAUGCAACCAGUCAGGAUGCUCUCGAUGGUGCAGCUGUAGAACCUUUUGAGGAUCUGAGGACCCAUGCCAAAUCUUUUCAGCCUCCUGAGGGGGAAUAGGCUUCACGACUGUCUUGGUGUGUUUGGACCAUGAUAGUUUGUUGGUGAUGUGGACACCAAGGAACUUGAAGCUCUCAACCUGCUCCACUACAGCUCUGUAUUGACACCAGCCACUGUUUUUCCUUGAACACCUACCUGCUAGAGCGUGAAGAUAUACCACAAGUGACAAGUCUUCCUCACCAUCUUUUUGUUUUCAAUUCAUUCAAACUAUGGCUGCCUUCCAAUGUCUCUACCCCCAUACCACAGAAUGCAUGCCCGUGGUAUGCUAGUGUGAAAAAUUGGGACGUUUUUUUUCCUCCACACUUUCUAACUCCUUUCUCCCAAUCACAGCCCAUUCAUUUGUCCAGAGGUUAAAGCCCCAUCAGGAUAAUGCCAAUGGAAGACAUCAGAAGCUUGCCCAGUCAAUCAACAGGUUGGUCCCAUGGAAAGGAUGACUUGUGUCUCCUAGUGGAAUGGGAUGGAAAUUUGUAUGCAGUCCUUCCUAGUGAAUUUAACAUUGAUGUCAGAAUAUUUGAACUUGAGUUUGCUAAACGUAUUAGUUUAGACAUUUUAAGGACCUGCACUGAAACAUAGUAGUUCCUUUUUAAAAUGUAAGUUUAUUAAAACCGAUGUUGUUUGCAGAGUUCAGCGGAUGAAGAAAGGUCUUCCCAGGGACACCAGUGUGCCUUCCAUCAACUCACCCACUCCCGAGAGGAGGAAACUGAGGCGGGGGGUGACCUUGGAGAGCAGUGGGCCUUUUAGCAUCCGCUCCAGCCCAGAGGGAAGCCCCCAGCCUGAGGACCACAGGGACAGGGAGAGGGUCCUGAGCCACUGUCACACCGUGGACACAGAGCACCCCCCAUUCCGGAGACACACAGGAGAGGCUGAGGUAAAGGUGGACACACAUGUAGCGGAAGACCCUUCACACACAGACACUCCUGGUGAGCCUGAGCAUACAUACACACCUGACAUACACACUCCUGACGUGUCAAAUACACACAUAGCCGACGGCCCCUCAAAUACACAACAAACAACCAGCAGCGACCCGUCACACACACCUAGCCAAGUCAAUGGGGACGAAGACAAAGACGGAGAAGGACAUGAAAAAGAUGUCCACACCUCACCAGAUACAGACGUACAGUCGCAAAGAAUCUGUCCAGAGGCUGAGAGCCCACCCACAGACAUGGAGGAGCUGGUAGAAGACCUGGUAGAAGAAAUGGAGCUCCUCUGAGGAG